GCGCGAGCGCAGCUGUAUAAAUCCACCAGGACGCGCAGAACAACAGGAAUGAACAACGAUCGAACGUGUGAGCGCCACCUCUCUGCUGUGUCCACUGCUGCUUCUCUGCCGCUCGUCUUUAUCUUCACUUAACAUCCGGUUUUGGUGGUCACAUCGAGAAAAUGGCCACAUCAUCGAGUUCAACGUUGAACAAAGCUGUGAAGCAGCAGUACAUGAGUCUUCCUCAGGGCGACAAAGUCCAGGUCAUGUACAUCUGGAUCGACGGCUCAGGAGAGGGACUGCGCUGUAAGACCAGAACUUUGGAUUCUGAACCCAAGACCAUCGAGGAACUUCCCGAGUGGAACUUUGACGGCUCCAGCACGUAUCAGUCCGAGGGCUCCAACAGCGACAUGUUCCUUAUCCCGGUGUCCAUGUUCAGAGACCCGUUCAGGCAAGACCCCAACAAGCUGGUGCUGUGUGAAGUCCUCAAGUACAACCGCAAACCUGCAGAGACGAACCUGCGGCAGACGUGUAAUAAGAUCAUGAGCAUGGUGGAGAACAAUCACCCGUGGUUCGGUAUGGAGCAGGAGUACACCCUGCUGGGCACAGACGGUCACCCGUUCGGCUGGCCCUCCAACGGCUUCCCGGGUCCACAAGGACCUUAUUACUGUGGCGUGGGAGCAGAUAAAGCGUACGGACGCGACGUGGUGGAGGCUCAUUACAGAGCCUGUCUGUACGCUGGAGUUCAGAUUUGUGGUACCAAUGCUGAGGUCAUGCCAGCUCAGUGGGAGUUCCAGGUUGGCCCUUGUGAAGGCAUCAACAUGGGGGACCACCUGUGGAUCGCUCGCUUCAUCCUUCACCGGGUCUGUGAGGAUUUCGGAGUCGUGGUGUCCUUUGACCCCAAGCCUAUCUCAGGGAACUGGAACGGUGCCGGCUGCCACACCAACUUCAGCACAAAGGAAAUGCGAGAGGAUGGCGGACUGAAAGUCAUUGAGGACGCGAUCGACAGGCUGUCGAAGAGACACCAGUAUCACAUCCGGGCCUACGAUCCCAAAGGUGGGCUGGACAACGCCAGACGCCUCACAGGUCGUCACGAAACCUCCAGCAUUGACGAGUUUUCCGCGGGCGUGGCUAACCGUGGAGCCAGCAUCCGCAUCCCGCGCACUGUGGGGCAGGACAUGAAGGGCUACUUCGAGGACCGCCGCCCGUCAGCUAACUGUGACCCGUACAUUGUCACAGAGGCCCUGGUGCGCACGUGUUUACUCAAAGAAGAAGGGGGGGAGCCCCGGGAUUACACCAAAUGAACAGUCGCAGACAAAGAGUCGUUAGGAGUACUGUAUUCAAGGAGUUGAGGUUUUGUUGAUGUGUGGUUGCAUGAGGUACUGACACCCUGUGAAAACAUGACUGACCAGUGACGACAUGAGGUCAGUCACUCACUUAACUAAAGACUUAGCUUAAGUCUACGAUAUCUUUCUCACUGUUAGACAGACUUUUUCAACAGGAAACUGAAGUUUAUAAACCACUCACUCACUCUCCCACACCAAAGUCCACAGAGAAAAUCAGUGAUUUUAACAUCACACACACAGGAGUUGUUGAUCUACAAACAAACUUGCCAAACAAGGCAGCAGUAGAGCAGCAGCUCCUGUGUCCCCGCCAGCUAAAAUAGGUGGAAUUUGGUGUGGGAGAGUGAGAUGUUUACAAACUUGAGUUUCCUGACAGUGCAAAAAUAUUCUGCUCAAGUAAAAGUACUAUUACUUAAUGAAAAGCUUUGUGUAAUGUUGAGAUACAUGGGUGUGUAUGUUCGUGGAAGAAUGGCAGUCCCUCAUACAAACACACUGCAACUAAACCUCUAUCGCUAUCACUAUCGAUCACUUAAACCUUUAAACACUCGGUGGAUUGAUUUUUCUGUUGUUUUUCCUGACAGAUGAAAUGCGUUGAUGCUGCUCCUGUCUUUUUCUUGGUUUUUUAGCUCUCACCAUGACACUGCCUUUCUGUCGGCUACAUUGUUGUUUAACUUGUACUAAUGAAAACACAGGAUGUUGAUGUUGUAAAGGAUCCAUGAGGCGUUGAAUGUUCUUCAGCGUCGAAGCCGCUGUCGCAGUCGGGGCACAGUCGUGUUUGUAGAUAGUCACAAUCAUAAUGUAAGCCAAUCUACUUUUGUAUGUUUUUGAAUAACACAUGUCUGGUUUUGUGGGGGGUUUCCACUUACUAAUUGUCACUUACAAGAAAUAUGAAAUAAACUGUAAACAUUUUUA